UGCUCGCGCAUCGUGCGCGGCGACGAGGCGGCGCUGCGGGCCGCGCUGGGCAGCAGCCGGGCGCUCAAGGACGGGCGGGCGCCGCUCACGCCCGCCGACUACCUGAACCUGACGGCGGACUGCGCGAGCUACCGCGCCCGGCGGCGCUUCGUGCAGGUGGCGCUGAGCGAGGAGGAGGCGGCCUUCCCGCUCGCCUUCUCCAUGGUCAUCCACGACCAGCUGGAGCUGUUCGAGCGCUUGCUGCGGGCCCUGUACGCGCCGCAGAACCUGUACUGCGUGCACGUGGACGCCAAGGCGCCCGCCGCCUUCCUGCAGGCCGUGCGCGCCCUGGCCGCCUGCUUCCCCAACGUCUUCGUGGCCAGCCGGCUGGAGCACGUCGUCUACGCGUCCUGGUCGCGCCUGCAGGCCGACCUCAACUGCAUGGAGGACCUGCUGCGCCGGCCCGAGCCCUGGCGCUACCUGCUCAACACCUGCGGCACCGACUUCCCCCUCAAGACCAACGCCGAGAUCGUGCGGGCCCUGCAGCUGCUCCGCGGCCGCAACAACAUGGAGUCGGAGCGGCCCUCGGCCAUCAAGCGCGAGCGCUGGCGCUACCAGCACCAAGUGUCUGAGAGUGGCACCCUGGUGCGCACCGGGGUGACCAAGAGCCCCCCGCCGCUGGGCAGUGCCAACAUGUUCACGGGUAACGCCUACAUAGUGGUGACACGGGGCUUCGUGCGCCACGUCCUGGAGAGCCCCGAGGCGCAGCACCUGCUGGCCUGGGCCCAGGACACAUACAGCCCCGACGAGCACGUGUGGGCCACGCUGCAGCGCCUGCCAGGCGUGCCGGGCGCCUUGCCACCCAACGACAAGUACGAGCUGUCUGACAUGAACUCCCUGGCGCGCUUAGUCAAGUGGCACUACCUGGAGGGCGACAUACAGCGGGGGGCACCCUACCCGCCCUGCACCGGCACGCACCGCCGCGCCAUCUGCAUCUACGGCCUGGGGGACCUGCCCUGGAUGCUCCAGCAGCAGCACCUGCUGGCCAACAAGUUUGACCUGAGUGUGGACGAGCAGGCGGUGCAGUGCCUGGAGGAGCACCUGCGCCACGAGGCGCUCUUUGGCCCAGGGUCAUGAGCCCGCCGCUCUACAUAGUCAGAGGCAUGGGCAAGGCUGCCGAGCACAGAAAACCCGAUUGUCACCGCUGCCUGAGAGGCAGGGCCACCUACCUGCUAGGCAGGCAUUGCUGAAGCAGGUCUUCCCUGUCCUUCCCCUGAUGCUACCUCCAGCCCCUGCUUGGCUCAGGGAGGAGACCCAAGAGGCUAAGCUGAGCAGGCUCAACCCACAGCUCAGGUCCCCACAGCCUCUGGACUUGACUGUGCUUCAGCAGGGGAAGCCCAGGACUGGCGGCCCAAAACCACCUCAGCAGUCUCCCUUCUCCCGGGACCUGGGCUGCUCUCUGCACAGGAAAUACUGUCUCAGCCCGAACCUGGCUCUCAUGCCAGGGGCAGGGCACCUACUCAGAGCUGGUUCAUAUAGAGGCUGCUCCAGGUGGUCCUCUCAGGGGUCCCCAACUGUGGGGAAGGAGGAGGAGGAGCAGGGAGAACCUACGUUCUUAUACCUCAGGACUUAGGCUCGGCUGCACAGAGCUUCUACAAUGCCAGAGGCUUUGCACACAUGUGAAUGGUAAAAACCUGUUCGUUUUUAUUCUACUACUGUUCAGAGAUAUUCAGACCUAGUUCAGCAUGUUUCUCAUGGGCCUGCUGGUUACUGAAAUGUUCCAUCAAGUUGCCUGUUAAAAUUGUGCUUAAGAAGUUGGCUGCCCUUGUGAACAUACCACUUAUGGACAGCAACACGGACAUUUGCAACAUGAGUUGUGUCUUCUCUGAAAGGAUUAAUGCUUUCUAUAACCCUUACAGCUUCAGAAAGUUGUUUUAUGCAGUGCUGAAGAUCACAGAAAGGUGGCCUGAAAUGAGAGAGUCUCUUAUGACUGUUUUUAUUCCUUGCAGGACCUCCUCCCUUCACCCAUACAUAGGCAGCAAACUUGCUCUUCUAAAACAACAGCCAUCUUCUGCUUCCCCUCUCCCUUCAUGCUAUCCCUGGCUUCCCUCUUGUUCCAUUCUUUUAUUCAUCUUAUCCACACAGGCAUUACAGAUUUAUUGGUUCAGGAAUGUUUACAGAACAGUUUGGGGGGGUUCACCUGAUUAAUCAAUUUUCCACCCUCUUAAUUUUGCUCUGCUCUUCCAGUCUCCUAUCUUACCAUACAUACCUCCCUAUUUAAAACACACUUCAAGUAAAUUAAGGAUGGACAGGAAAUAAGUCUUGAAAGCAUUGUCUCAGAGUUUUUCCCUUCUGUAGGAGCAGAACCUUAAUCAACAUUCACAAUUUAAAGUAGUUUCUAUAAGAGAACAAACUGCUUCAUUUUUCUGUCCUCUCCCUUCCAAGCUUUGCUUCAGUAUCUGAACAGCCACCCUCAGCACAAGCCUUCUUACUAUGCAACUCAGGUCCACUCCUGGCUUCCCCCCUCCUCUCCCCUCCCUUGAUUGCCCUGGAUGGUUAAGCUUUGUUUGUUUUAAACAGGUACUUUCAUUAAAAGCUAACCAGAAGCCAUAUUGCAGAUGGUAUAAGUUACUUAACUUGAAGACGUGAAAUCAAAUAAUAUAUAACAGACCAAGCCCAGCAUCCGGUUCCUCGGGCAUUUUCUAACUUUUAUGACGUACCUGACGAGAACAGAAAGGGUGAUAGGUGACCGGAUAAGGCCUGCUUCUGGGCUGUUGAGGGGGUGUUAUGCUCAGUGACCAAAGCCAUUUAACCACUCUAGACUUUGUUUAUCCAUCUGUAUUGUGGGGAGGGGGACACACAUGAAACAAAAGCUCAAAGAUUCUUGAUGCUUAAUUACCAGUGAAAAUUACUUACCAAAAAAGGGGUUCUCUCAAAAUUUACACAGCAGAGCGUUCAAUGGAAAAUGUGGCAUUUAACCCUAAUAUUAGUCAACGAUCAUUCUUCUCUUGUAAUCAAUCAGUGGGGGCUGGAGUAGAACACCCAUUCAUUUCUCUGUUGUACCUGCCUAGAGACAUCUCUGUUUUUGCUCCGCUUUUCUUGUCUAUCAUGUUGAGCUUCAGUUCUGUCUUCUCUGGGCUAAUACUUCAAAGCACAUAAAAGAGUUACCCAGUUCUUAUUUUGAGUAGUAAAGCAUUAUAUCAGGCCUACCUGGAGACAUGAAGUAUUACUGUAUGAAUGUCUGGGGAAAAUAAAGGCUACUGAAAUCCAUCUUACUAUCAUCAGGUUAUUUUUUAAAGAAAUUUCAAUACGCUGAGGUUUUUGUCAAGCUACAUGGCCAUGGGAGCUAUUGUAACAGAGUUAAAAUGGCUUUUUUCUAGAACAUAGCAGUACUAAAUUUUUGGGUGUGUUUAAAAACAUGCUAGGGCAAUAGUAGUGUUACUUAAAAUACAGCAACCUAACUAAAAAUAGCCUUAAUCAUAAAUUCAGUAGUACUAAAGAAGUAUGCAUUCAUGAGACUAGUGAGGGGAGGAGAAGGACAACAAUUUCAGUGGAUAGCACUGCUACACAUGAGAAGGUGUCCGAGUUCAGACACCUUAUAUAGGCAACCUACAAAAUUAUGACAAGGCUUUGAUACUGUCAACACUGAGAUGUGCGAUUUUAUUCAUAUGAAUAGAAUCAAGGGCUUAAAUGGGAUUACUCGCAUGCUUAAAACUAAGAAUGAGCCUAAACACACGUUUGGUUUCCAAGAGCUAAAUUGUAUUUCUAUAAAGAAUAAGUGUGCUAUCCACAUUUGCCAUUUUGCAACAUAACUGCUUCAGGUUUUAGCAUUCACUGUUAUUUUGAUUUUUCCAUGGAUUAACAAGUUCAUUCUAACUCUUUCUACAUGCAGGACAAACAUUUCAAGGCUAAAAGCAAGUUAACCAGUUUAUCUCAUAUAUAAGCAGGUGGCGUUUUCAAAAAAAAAAAAAAAAAAAAAAAGACUGAGUGACUUCAGAGUACACACCCCAGCCACGCUAACUGGCAAGACCUGAGAGAGGACAACCUGGUUAAACCAGUUCAGCUUCCUUAAAUGUGGGGAAGUUCAGUGUACUAGAAGGAAGUAUUAGUUGCAGGUAAAGUGCAUACUUUCUUACGGGUACUGCAUUUACGUUUGUGGUGUUCUCACAGCAAGAAUGUGCGACUCGGGACUUUCCUUUUCCAGCGAGCCUUUUAAGUAAGAAGCCUCUUAGGGGGGUAAAAAUUAAAAUCCAUGAACAAACACUUAUAAACCACUAAAAACAUGAAACUUAAGAAGAAAAACCAUCAGUUCAGCUUUUCAAGAAUGUAAAAUGAGAAAUAAAGAACUAGAAUAAAA